CCCAACCCGGCAGUCCCGACUGUACUUUUUCUUGGCUAGGAAGUUGACGCUGGUGGUGGAGGAAAGGGGGUUAAGCGCGAGUGUCGCCUGUGUUGACUUUUUUUUUUAACAGCUACCCCCCCAGCCACCCUCACUAUAUACCCUAAUAUCUAUAGAGAGCCAGCUUAACUAGAGAUCUACUCCUCUCUUUCUCUUUCUCCCCCUCUUUUUUUUUUAAUUGCUUGCUUGCUUGCUUGCUUUCCCCUUCAUUGAACUGUGGGGCUCGUACGAUGUCCAAGAAUGUCCAUUACUGGAACUCUUAGCAAUUAUUAUGUCGACUCCAUUAUAAGUCAUGACAGCGAAGACUCGCCUGCCGCCAAAUUCUCUUCCGGGCAGUACUCAAACUCCAGGCAAACUAGCCACAGUGAACACCUCGAGUUCCCCUCUUGUAGUUUCCAGCCCAAAUCGUCCGUUUUCAGCGCUUCUUGGACGCCUCUGACGCCACACACGGCGGCGACCCUUCCUUCGGUCUACCAUCCUUACAUCCAGCACCAAAACAUCCCUACCUCCGAUAGCAGGUAUCUACGGAGCUGGCUGGACCCCGUGCCCAGAACAGAAAACAUAGCUGGGCAGGGACCCGUUAAAACCGAACCGCUGCUGGGACACGCGGGGGAGAUCCGUAAAGAGGGAGCUCAGGACUACCCGGUAGAAACUUCUGCUGGAAGGGAAGGAGGCAUCGCUUCCAAUCAAAGGCCCAGCAGCUUCGAGGACAAUAAAGUUUGUGAAGGAAGCGAGGACAAAAGCAGGCCAGAUCAAACCCCGGGAUUGCAGAUAGAUAAAAACCUUGCCCAAGACAGCUGCUCGGUUCCAGAGGGCCACGGUGCCCAGGGACGUCCUGUGCAAUCUAGUUUAGAAGGUAAUCCUGCAGCCAAUUGGUUGCAUGCUCGCUCUUCAAGGAAGAAACGAUGUCCCUAUACCAAGUAUCAGACCCUGGAGUUGGAGAAGGAGUUUCUGUUCAAUAUGUACCUCACCAGGGACCGUAGACAUGAAGUGGCCAGGCUUCUCAACCUGAGUGAAAGACAAGUCAAAAUCUGGUUUCAGAAUCGAAGGAUGAAGAUGAAGAAAAUGAACAAGGAACAGGGCAAAGAAUGAAGAUUCCCUAUCCUUUCCUGCUCCCCCCUCCCUCCCUCCUCAUCCUCUCAGUUUUGGCGCAGUCUGCAAACUUAAGUUCUAUUUAUGGGCAAUGACUUCCCCAGUGGUGCUUGAGAGGACAACAAAAAUCAAGCCAAAUCAGAAGCAGACCUCCUGGCUGGCAUGCCAGGAAUACAUAAUGACUGCACCUGUUUGUUUCCAUUGGGUCUCUUCAGCUUUCUGAAGAUCUGGAGAGAGGUUUGGGACAACUUUCAACCACCAGGAAAAAAAAGAGAGAGAUGUGUGUGUGUUACUUAUAACAAAGUAAUUGAAGACAGUAUCACCUUUAUUAAGUGGAUGGUCUUUAUUAACACACUUCAGCUCUCCAACCAAUUUUUAAAAAAUCACAGACAAGAAAGCUACCUGAAACUAAGGACAUUUUCCACCUGGCUCUUCCUCUGAGGGAGAUGAUUGGAAAUGAGAACUAAAUGAUAAUAAGGGAGAUGGUGAUUCCAGGUAGAUGGUCCCUUGUACUUCUUCAGAACUCUUUUUGCUUCUUAAGAAGGGCGGGAUCAUCACUUGAUCUGUAUAGUCAAUUGGUAAAACUAUGGAAAGGAAAGCACGUCAUCCUCUAAUUUGUCCCUCUCUUGAGAGCCAGGAGGAAUUGCAUUGUACAUUCAGUUCCAUCCUGUUCUUCCUUGAAGUCAGCUUUUCCCAUGAUCCUGGCCUGCAGAUGUGUGGAAGUCUAGGUCCCAUAGUCCCCUAGCCAAAGUCUUGGCUGCAGACUAUGGGAUCUAUAGUCCAGGUUAUCUGGAGGGUGCCAGCUUGGGUAUCGCUAUUUAAGACAAAUUCGUUUGUGGUGGAACAUCCAAUUCUCUAACAAAAGAUUAUUUAUCCAGCCAUGGCUGUUCUACAUGCAAAGACUGUGAGAGAGACCCUCAGAAUACAGACAGGGCACAAACUCUAACUAGGCUUCCUAUUUGUGUAAAUGAGCUUGCGCAGUAAAACUUCCCGGGUAGGUGCAGCAUGUGCUUAUACUUCCACAUCAAGGUAAUUGCAAGUUUUAAGGGACCAGAGGUGGGUUAGAAGGCAGACAUCGUCGAGAGAUGGAGUGAGGAGGGCUUUACAAAAGUGAAGAAAAACUUUGUGUUUUAGUGUCAGACUAUUUAUAACUUAUUGUGAAAACCGGAUAGUCAGAAAACCAUUCAAGUGACAUGUGCGGUGGUGGUGGGGGGUGAUCUCUGGAUUUUUCUCCCUUUUCUUCUCCAUCCAGGUCAGUGUUGAGAAGUUUUCACACCUGAAUGUUCUAGGACUACUUUCAGUCUGCACCCCAUUGCUUCUGGAAGACAAAUCUAUUUUUCAACUUUCCAUGAAAAUGAAAAGACCUUCAAGCAAGCAGCAUAGAAGGGCUGUGAUGACUUUAGGAAUUGGAAAGGUUUUUUUUAAUGCAACAUAUGCAUUUCAUCGUUGUUUACAAAAAAAAAUACCUAUUUCAUUCCCCCAAAGGGGGAUUCUCUCAUCUCUGAAAGUCUCAUCCCUUUAAAAUUGCCCUAUGUGGGAUUCUGUUUUCCUUAUGGCUGUUCAAACAACUUUCCAUUCCGUUCUUUGGUGAGGCUUGGGGAGGGGAAGUAGGUAGGUAAGUAACUUUAUUGCAAGGUGAUUAUAUGGUGUGUGCAAGUUCCCCCCCUUGUUUUUAUAAAAAAAAUGUGUUUGUCAUUGUGCUUUUGUGAAUGUUCUGCUAGUUUCCUGUGGCAUUUAGGAGUAUAAAACCAGACCUAUACAUAUUCGUUCCAGAACUGGAGAGGAAUACACAUGUAAUAAUGCAUUCCUCAUUGUUUUCCAUAUUUCCAGACUGAGUUACUACUUUUUAGAAAUAAUGUCAUUAUGGGGAGCAAAGUUUUCAUAUCAGAACAAACGGGUGGGCAACUGAAAGGGUGGGAGAGGGAGGGAGAAUUUAAGUCUAUCUUUCAAGAUCUUUCUAGACAAAACAGUCCCAACAGAGAAAUCUAAUUUCAUAGAGUGUUGUAUAGAAUUUUUAUACCGUUUUUGCCUGCUGACAAACUGUUGUUCUUUAGAAAUUUGAUAGGCAUAUUUUAAUCUUUCAAAACAGUGAUUCCUGGUUUGAAAGAUUUUCUGCAGACACAAGUAAUACAGUCUUUUAAGGUUUAGUUCAGUGUAAAAUAAUAAUGAUGAUGAUUCUGCAUUUUAAAAAGAAUGGUUUGGUGGGUUUUUUAAAAAGGGUUCCAAGGGUUCCUCAAAACCCUUGAAAUCCUUGGUUGCUAUAUAGAUUGAGGGUGGGUGGAGUGAAAAGUAAACCGAAGGCAAACUGAAGUGAAUUUCUUUUUAUAGUUUACAAAAUUAACUCUAACAUGUCCCAAUUGUUCAAAUUAGUCAAACUUCACAUUGUCUUACAAAAGCCAAUUUCAUAAUGGAAUUUCCAAGGAAUUAUUUUCCAAACUCUUUAUUUCCCCUAGCAAAAAUAAAAUCGAAAUGUUGCUUUGUUUGACUUUAAAUGCGAUCAUCCAUGUGAGGGUGUCUAUUGCACCAGUUGAGAUUUUGAUAGAAUUCUGUUGUUUGUCUGUGUUCCUUUAAUCGACCCGGGUGCCUCAAAUGGAUCUCAAAGCACAUCCUUUCGAAGAUCUCCCUGAAACAUUAACAUUUUGUUGGGGGGGGGCGAUAAUAUCUCUGUAUAUGUAUUAACAUUUUCAGUCAUUUUAAUCACAAGCUCAUCCCUAGACUUUGUUAGAGAAGCUCUUUUUUAACUGCAAAAAAAAAAAUUAGUUAGGCAUGUGUUAAUAUUUAAAGAAAAACUAGCUGAUUUCACUAGAAAAAAAAAUCUGUCUUAAGAAGGAAAGAAUGUUGAAAAAUCAUUAUUGUUUAUUCUAUUCCUUAGGGUCAAAAUGUGUUUUCCACAGUUGUUCAAUGCCUCAGAAUAAAAAUCGAUUCAAGAGGGGAAGACGACCUAUAUCUCAUUGUGUUAUACUGCUUCUUUUAGAACGUGAGAAAUAUUUGCAGCUGUUGUUCGCUUAUUCUUGAGAGUGUCGAGGACGUGUUAUAAAGAUCUUUGUUUUUUGUUUUGUUUAGUUUGGUUAGAGAGUCUCUCUGUACUUCUUAUUUUUAAUUGUUUUUCUAAGUGUCAUUUAGGAAAGCUUGUAAGAGUUUCUUAUGUGUAUAUUUGUUUCCUUCCACGUUAGACUGGUUACAUCUCUUAAACCCAUUCAAGCAAAACAGAAAUAAAGCGGUUGUCUGUCUUUCAAUUUGUGCUGAAUUUGUAGCGAGUCCUUGUUAUCACUUUUUUCAAACCAAGAAAAAGAAUGGACAGCUGAAUGAAAGAGCAUACAGGGUUGAAUGAAUAUUGUGCUGAUAUUAUGGAAGGAUGGUGGAUCUUGCAGCCUAGGAUAGGAAAAUGAAAGGUUUUCAGACACAGACAGGCAAACACACACAC